GGUUUCUAAUUGUUAUUGAGUCCCACCCACGGGCAAUUGAAGAACCUCUUUAAAAACUAGCCGUUAGGCACUGCCCCUGCGUGAGAAGAAGAGCCUCUGCUCUGCACACACCACAUAUGGCCCCUGACACACUGUCUCCCUCCCAUCUUUCUCCCGUUUUAUUGCUCCGCAUCCAAUACAAAGAAAGAUUCCUCUCUCUCUCUCUCUCUCUCUCUCUCUCUCUCUCUCUCUCAGAGAGGAAGGCAGAUGGUCACGUGCUCCGUCACAGGAAGCCCACUUCCAGUUUCAGCUCCCCUCCCUCACUACAAAACCAUUUCUUGACAUUUCAAAUCAUCUGAAUUAAACCACAUUUCAAUUGUGUGUAUUGAAAAAGAAAAAAAAAAAAGGAAAAUUCCUCACAAAGGGUGUCUGCUUUCUUCUUCUUGUUCUUCGAACAAUUUUUUAGCUACUCGGUCUAUGUUCAUGGAGAAUACAAUUCACUUCUUCAGUGGAUGUAACGUAGACCCUUUACAGAUUUUUCACUUUCUGACAAGCAACUCGAAUAGGAGGAAGGAGAAAUGGGAGGGGAAGAAGAAGAGUGGCUCCUUUGGAAAUGACUCAUUUCGGAUUUCUGAGUUUUUGUUGUUUCUUCAGUUGCUAGUUUCUGUGAUUCGUCCGGUCUCAGGUCAGGCGUGGGAUGGGGUUAUUGUUACCCAAGCGGAUUUUCAAGCACUGCAAGCCUUCAAACAAGGCUUAAUCGAUCCUAAAGGGUUCUUGCGAGGCUGGAACGACAGUGGCUAUGGAGCCUGUUCUGGUGGUUGGGUUGGAAUCAAGUGUGCUCAGGGGCAAGUUAUUGUAAUCCAGCUUCCAUGGAAGGGAUUGAUGGGCCGAAUCUCCGAUAAGAUUGGGCAGCUUCAAGCGCUCCGGAAGCUUAGCCUCCAUGACAAUCUCAUUGGCGGUUCGAUCCCACUAACACUGAGUCUUCUCCCUAACCUCAGAGGCAUUCAGCUCUUCAACAAUCGACUUUCGGGUUCCAUCCCACCUUCACUUGGUUCAUGUCCCCUGCUUCAGACUCUUGACCUCAGUAAUAAUUCGCUCACAGGAGCAAUCCCGGGCAAUCUCGCAAACUCUACUAAACUUUACAGGCUCAAUCUGAGCUUCAAUUCCUUGUCCGGUUCCCUCCCGGUUAGUCUUACUCACUCUUCUUCCUUCAUCUUCCUUGCUCUCCAAUACAAUAACCUCUCAGGUUCUGUCCCAGACUCCUGGGGUGGCAGUGGAACAGCAAAAGAUGGAUCUUUUCAACUUCAGUCACUAGCCCUUGAUCAUAACUCCUUCACUGGAAGCAUUCCUGCUUCUUUAAGCAUGUUAAGCAAGCUUGAAGAGUUAUCCCUGAGCCAUAACCAGAUCACAGGAGCCAUACCAGACGAAUUGUGGAGGCUUUCUAAGCUUAGAACAAUUGAUUUUUCAAGUAAUGCAAUCAACGGAAGCCUUCCAAUCAGUAUGUCUAAUCUAUCCUCUCUUGUUGUCCUGAAUCUGGAGAGCAAUCAAAUAGGUAACCAAAUCCCGGAAGACCUGGACAAACUGAAGAAGCUAUCAGUUCUCAACUUAAGGAGAAACCAAUUCAACGGCCGCAUUCCCGCGACCAUUGGGAACUUGUCCUCACUCACUCAACUCGAUUUGUCUCGCAACAAUUUCAGCGGAGAAAUCCCAUCUUCUCUUGCCGACAUUCUAAAUCUCAACUCCUUAAAUGUUUCUUACAAUAACCUCUCGGGUUCUGUCCCUAUUCGUCUCGCCCGAAAAUUCAAUUCGAGUUCUUUCGCAGGGAAUCUCGAGCUAUGUGGGUAUAGCGAUUCUAGUUCAUGUCCUUCUCUGGCUCCUUCUCAGGCUACACCGGGUCCAGCUCCAGCUCCAUCUACAGAGAAAACAAAAUCCCAUCGGCGGCAUAAGCUAAGUACCAAAGACAAAGUUCUCAUUGCUGCUGGGGCCCUCCUGCUGGUUUUGCUUCUAGUAUGCUGUCUUUUGCUUGGUUGCUUAAUCAGGAAGAGGGUUGCAUCAAAGUCCAAAAAUGGGGAAGCUGCAGGAAGGGCUGGCGGCACUGGGAGGGCUGAGAAGGGGACUCUGCCCGUUGGAGGCGAUGUUGAAUCCGGCGAAGCUGGAGGCAAACUAGUCCAUUUUGAUGGGCCAAUGGUUUUUACAGCAGAUGAUCUCUUGUGUGCAACAGCUGAAAUUAUGGGGAAGAGCACUUAUGGGACUGUGUAUAAGGCAACAUUGGAGGAUGGGAACCAAGUUGCAGUCAAGAGAUUAAGAGAGAAGAUCACCAAAAACCAGAGGGAAUUUGAAACUGAAGUCAGCGUGCUUGGGAAAAUCAGACACCCAAAUCUUUUGGCCCUGAGAGCUUAUUACAUAGGACCCAAAGGAGAGAAGCUUCUUGUGUUUGAUUACAUGCCCAAAGGCAGCCUUGCAACUUUCCUCCAUGCUAGGGGACCCGAAAACCACAUUGAUUGGCCGACUAGGAAGAACAUUGCUCGAGGCAUAACGUGCGGUCUCUUCUACCUCCACACCCAUGAGAAUAUAAUCCACGGGAACCUUACUUCGACCAAUAUCCUGCUUGAUGAGCAAACCAAUGCCAAAAUUGCCGAUUUCGGCCUUGCCCGGCUGAUGACUACUGCAGCCAAUUCUAAUGUAAUUGCCACCGCAGCAGCACUAGGUUACCGCGCACCAGAGCUUUCAAAGCUCAAGAAAGCCAACACAAAGACUGAUGUGUACAGUCUUGGGGUUAUUAUACUGGAGCUCCUAACUGGGAAAUCUCCAGGGGAGGCCAUGAAUGGUGUGGAUUUGCCUCAGUGGGUUGCAUCCAUUGUAAAAGAGGAAUGGACAAAUGAGGUUUUUGAUGUAGAGUUGAUGAAGGAUGCACCUGCAAUUGUUGAUGAUCUUCUAAACACUUUGAAAUUGGCAUUGCAUUGUGUUGAUCCAUCGCCAUCGGCACGACCGGAGGUCCAGCAGGUUCUUCAGCUGCUAGAAGAGUUUAGACCGGAGAUGGCUGCCAGUACCAGUGAUGACCCGCCCAGAGCCGGAGCCGGAGUUGAAGCCCCUUCAACGAGUGAUUAAGAAGGAGAUGGAGAACUUGGGGCGGUUGGUUGUUUGUUCCAGGAAGAGAGGCUAAUAUAUUCUUUCAUUCAUAAUUUUUUAUGUUUAAGGGGAUUUUUUUCUCGUUAGUGUCUGUAAAUAAAAUUUGUUUUUGUUGCCUGAAAAAUUUUCAAAACCAUUUCCAGAAACUUCAGUUCGCCAAAACUAAAAUCUCAUCAGAACAUGUUCUUAACAGAAAAA